AUGGAUAGAUCGAUAGAUGAAGUGCUGGCCAUUUCAUCAUUAGUGCGGUCUCUCGUCCAACAAUUAGCUGAAUCGAACGAUAAUAUUGCUAAAUUAGAGAGCAUAGCUAAGGCAUUUGUACCCCAGGAUGAAUACGAGCAGUUGAUACAGCCACCAUUAUCUGAUUCAAAGACAGAUUCAAAGAAUAAAGAGACAAAGAAGGUUCCAAUAGAGGAGGAAGAAGCUUAUGUGAUACAGAAGUUGGAACAGGAAAGAAUGGAACUUGUGUUGGAAUUACAAAAGGAAGACUUCUUAAAAGAGAAGUUAGUAGAGGUGUUGACUCAAAAUGAAGAUUUAGUGGAAACAGUGAAGGAAUAUCUUGAAUCUAAAGAUUCAAUUCAGAAAGAAGAAGAAGAUUAUGUGAAGAAUCGAUUUGAAAACUAUUCUGAAAGGGUUCUUCAACCUACCAUUGAUCGUUUAGAUUCACAAUUAUUUGAUUUGCAUAGAGGAAUCAAUUAA